UUUAGAACUUAGUAAUAAGUAAACAAAAAGAAAAAAAAUACUUGUGUGCAUUUUAUAAUUCAAACAUAUACUCCUGUUAGAUAUUUCUACAUCCAUUGUGUUUCCAUUGGCUCAGAUGGUCAACAAAGAAUACUUUGUGAGGGGUUUUGUUGAUUUCAGGAAGAGAUUCCGUCGAAAAAGACCAGGACAUGUGCAAUUCCAUUGUGGUGACCAAAUACUUGGCUGAGAUGGGUAUCAGAGCUCUCCCUCACCUUCCCUACCGUUCCAGACCUUGCUCCCAGUGGCUUUUUAGGAGAAAAUGAAGGAGGCUGUGACAAGGGUCCUGGCCGCGAAGUUUUUUUCCCACGAGAGUUCUGGACCCCAGUAAUGAACUCAUGUGCAUACAGCCAAUCAGGAAAAAAGAAAGGAGAAAACAACGAAGCAUUUUAUCUAGAGAAUGUAGAUAUGGAGAAAAAUGGAAAAAUAGCACAGAAGUUACGUGAGGUUGAGGAAUAUAGUAAAGAAACCGAGAAACGUGAAGAUGAAAAAAAGGAAAUUGAUCCAUGGGCGCUGCCAGAAUUCAAAACUGAUGCAAAAUUAUGGCAAGAAAUGACAAAAAAAGAGAAGGUAAUCCACGUACUUUGGACUGGAAUAACGAAACCACUUCUUCUGAUCGCCCUUCUAUAUUUUUUCAUCUGUUCGUUGAGUUUUCUCAGCAGCGCCUUCCGCUUGUUGGGAGGUCGUACAGCUGGACAAAUAUUUCGAGACAGUGAGGUCUUGGCAAACCCAGUUGCAGGCUUAGUGAUCGGAGUGUUGGCCACGGUUCUAGUCCAGAGUAGUUCCACGUCAACAUCGAUUACUAUAACGAUGGUCGGAGAAGGACUUUUAACAGUCAAACAAGCCAUACCCAUCAUCAUGGGCGCAAAUAUUGGAACAUCAGUCACAAACACAAUUGUCUCAAUGGGACAGAUCAUAGAUAAAGACGACUUCCGCCGGGCGUUCGCUGGAGCUACGAUACACGAUAUGUUUAAUUGGCUGGCAGUCUUAGUUCUACUUCCGAUUGAGGCCGCAACAGGAUAUCUUUACCAUUUAACGACGGCGAUGACCAAAGGGUUGGAAUUAACCUCCGCGAACGACACCAACCCAGAAUUACUGAAAAAAAUCACCAAACCAUUUACCAAAAUUAUUAUUGAGCUGAACAAGAAGAUAAUAACACAUGAAGCUACCAAGAUGCAGAAUGAAUCUGAACCCAGCAUGUUGAAAAUCUGCAAGGAUUCGAACAAGACAGUAAUAAAAUGUGGUUAUUUAUUUGAGUACUUGAGUUCCUGGGAAGACUGGGCUAUGGGCCUGCUGCUACUGUUUAUAUCCUUGCUUAUAUUGUGCCUUUGCCUCAUGUUUAUCGUAAAGCUUCUACAUUCCUUGUUGCGAGGAAGUAUCGCCAAAGUUAUUCGCAAACUUGUCAAUCAAGACUUCCCUGGCACAUGUUCCUUUGUCACUGGUUACCUGGCAAUAUUGAUUGGCGCCGGCUUAACGAUGUUGGUUCAGAGCAGUUCAAUCUUCACGUCUUCUAUAACGCCUCUAGUUGGUCUGGGUAUUAUCUCUAUUGAGCGAAUGUACCCACUGACUUUAGGUUCAAAUAUUGGAACCACAACAACAGGAAUACUAGCGGCCAUAGCACAGGACGACCACUUAAAAGAAUCACUUCAAGUCGCUCUGUGUCAUUUAUUUUUCAACCUGACUGCAAUUUUAUUCUUCUAUCCUGUACCAUUUACACGCUUUCCUAUUAACUUGGCCAAAUUCUUAGGCAACACAACGGCAAAAUACCGAUGGUUUGCAAUAAUGUAUCUCAUAUUUAUGUUCUUUGUGUUUCCAGCCAUAGUUUUGGCCCUCUCCUUCACUUCUGUCAUUGCUUUGAUUGUGGUUCUCGUGCCGGUUAUCCUUCUUGUUAUUACCGUGGCCAUUAUCAAGACUCUGCAAGCCAAGAAACCACACUUACUUCCCAAAAAGCUCCAAAACUGGAAAUUUCUGCCUGAAUGGAUGCGAUCUCUGGCCCCUUAUGACCGCGUGUUCAGGAAAAUCUUUAGUAUUUGCAAGAAGAUAAGACAUGCAAAAAGGGACAGUGUGGACUUAGGUAGAACUUAAUAAACUUCAUAAACCUACACAAUAAUGUGUGUGUGUGUGUAUGCAUGCACACAUAUAAGUGUGUGUGUAUGUGUGUCUAUAUAAAAAUGUCUAUAUAUGUUCAUAUAUGAAUGUACAUAUAAUAUAAUGUAUAUAUGUGGAUGUAGAUACGUGUGUGUGUGUGUGUAUAUAUGUAUGUGUAAACGACACGCAAAGGUACAUGGAGCCCAAUUACAACAACAGCCAGCUAUUGCCAGUAAAGGUUUUGGAUGCCAACUCUGUGCAAGACAUUGUAGAUCUUUGGCUGGGCUAAAAAGUCACAUUCGAUCACAGUACCGUUAAGUUAAGCUUCUUCGUGCAAUGGCCAUACUCGAUAACGAGGGGGCAGCCAUCAUGUGUAUAUAUAUGUAUAUAUGUAUGUGUGUAAAUGUGUGUGUGCAAUUUUCUGUGUAUGGUUAGAAUGAAUUUUUAUUGCAUUUUUAUU